CGUCAAUUGACUGUAGUGGAAUUAGGUUGUAAUUCGAUCCCUUUAAACUUACUCUGACCAUUGUUUUUCUUAACAAUUGUGGCUAUGAGUUGUGGAUUCGUUACCUGCGGCCCUAACGAGGCCCUCGUAGUUUCAGGAUACUAUAAACAUACUAUACUAUCGUGUUCAGUUUUUCCUCAUCGAUUUCCGACUUAUUCAGAACUCCUAUCUUUAAGGAUGCUGCUACAGCAAACCUCUUUUGGUACCCGGUGGCCGGGUAUUUGUAUGGCCCAUCGUCCAGCAAGUGCAAAAAAUUUCGCUAAACACUAUGACUUUACAAGUCGAAAGUCCAACUGUGUAUACGUGUCAAGGAGUUCCAAUAUCUGUAACUGGGAUUGCACAGGUUAAGAUACAAGGACAAAAUGAAGAAAUGCUUUCCACUGCAUGCGAACAGUUUCUUGGGAAGUCUGAAGAAGAAAUUCAUAACAUCGCCCUUGUUACAUUAGAAGGACACCAACGGGCAAUAAUGGGAAGCAUGACUGUGGAGGAGAUAUACAAGGAUCGUAAAAAAUUUAGCAAAGAAGUUUUCGAAGUGGCAAGCAGUGAUUUGGUCAACAUGGGCAUCACAGUCGUGUCAUAUACAUUAAAAGAUAUUCGAGACGAGGAAGGAUAUCUGAAAGCCCUUGGAAUGGCGCGAACAGCUGAAGUAAAACGAGAUGCAAGAAUGGGAGAGGCAGAAGCUCGCAAAGACUCCCAGAUUCGCGAAGCUAUGGCCGAGGAACAAAGAAUGGCUGCCCGUUUCCAAAACGACACCGAGAUCGCUAAAGCACAACGAGAUUUUGAAUUGAAAAAGGCCGCUUAUGAUGUCGAAGUGCAAACUAAAAAAGCAGAAGCAGAGAUGGCCUACGAGUUACAAGCAGCUAAAACUAAACAGAGAAUUAUGGAGGAACAGAUGCAAGUGAAGGUGGUAGAACGUGGACAAGAGAUCGCGGUCCAAGAACAAGAAAUGUUGAGACGUGAGAAAGAAUUGGACGCAACUGUACGACGACCAGCCGAUGCCGAAAAGUACAGAUUGGAAAAAAUGGCCGAGGCUAAUAAAUUGCGUCUAGUAAUGGAAGCUCAAGCAGAAGCAGAAGCUAUAAAGAUUCGUGGCGAUGCGGAAGCAUUUGCUAUUGAAGUUAAAGCUAAAGCAGAGGCAGAGCAGAUGGAAAAGAAGGCUGCUGCAUGGAACGAAUACAAGAGUGCUGCUAUGAUUGAUAUGAUGCUCGAUACUCUUCCAAAGGUCGCUGCUGAAGUUGCAGCUCCGCUAUCGCAAGCAAAGAAGAUAACGAUGGUUUCUAGCGGAAACGGAACGAUUGGAGCAGAGAAAUUAACCGAGGAAGUUCUUAGUAUCGUCACUCGUGUACCAGAAUUGGUGAAAAAUUUAACAGGCGUCGACAUUGCGAAGUCUGUUCAUGCUGCAUAAACACGAUGUAUGAGAAUUUUGAAUGCUCUCUGGCCACGUCCGUACUCGUACGAUGUAUUUAACGAAUCUUUGAUAUAUAUACACUUAUUUUAAAUAUGCUGUUGCAUAUUAGAGUCAAUUUCUAAGUUUCAACUUAACGAUAUUUCGUUGAACAAGGUAUUAAGUACUUUCACUGCCAUUUACUUGGAUGUAAUACGAAUGAAUUUUAAUUAGUGCCAAUUUUGAAUAUAUAUAAUAUAUUUUGAAAGCAGGUAAAUUCAAAUUGGUAUGCAUUUACGAAAAUAGAUUACAGAUUGUGAAUAUAUUCGCACAAGACUCAUAUCCUAUCAUUCCAUUUGAAUGCAAUAGUUGUAAAUACCUACGCUACAAAGGCAGUGAAUGUAUGUAUUAUUUAACCAAAAUUAAGCACCAAUUGCAAUACUAUACAUACUAUUAUUUUUUAAUGUUAGCUUUUCAUUUUUAAUCACUAUUUUAUGCACUUAGAUGAGAAGAGAACAAUAUAUCGAAAUAUAUCUUUUUGAAUUUCA